GAUUGGCUGGCUGGGGGACGCAACUUGAUGGCGUCGGGCUGCUAGGCAGCUGUCCCAGAAGUGGCCCCCGGGCAAGGGCUGCCUGUGUGAGGGGGCCGGUGGCCCCAGCGUUCCUUGGUCUCGGGAGUGGGGAGUGGAGGCACGAACCCUCCAUACGCUUCACCAUGAGUUUCCUAAUCGACUCCAGUAUCAUGAUUACCUCCCAGGUACUUUUCUUUGGAUUCGGGUGGCUUUUCUUCAUGCGCCAGUUGUUUAAGGACUAUGAGGUACGUCAGUAUGUUGUACAGGUGAUCUUCUCUGUGACUUUUGCAUUUUCUUGCACCAUGUUUGAGCUCAUCAUCUUUGAAAUCUUAGGAGUGUUGAAUAGCAGCUCUCGUUAUUUUCACUGGAAAAUGAACCUUUGUGUAAUUUUGCUGAUCUUGGUUUUCAUGGUGCCUUUUUACAUCGGUUAUUUUAUCGUCAGCAACAUCCGACUACUGCAUAAACAGCGACUGCUUUUUUCCUGUCUCUUAUGGUUGACCUUCAUGUAUUUCUUCUGGAAACUAGGAGAUCCAUUUCCCAUUCUCAGCCCAAAACAUGGGAUCUUGUCCAUAGAACAGCUCAUCAGCCGAGUAGGUGUGAUAGGGGUGACUCUCAUGGCUCUUCUUUCUGGAUUUGGUGCUGUCAACUGCCCUUAUACUUACAUGUCCUACUUCCUCAGGAACGUGACUGACGCAGAUAUUCUAGCCCUGGAACGGCGACUGCUCCAAACUAUGGAUAUGAUCAUAAGCAAAAAGAAAAGGAUGGCAAUGGCCCGGAGAACUAUGUUCCAGAAAGGGGAAGUGCAUAACAAACCAUCAAGAUUCUGGGGAAUGAUAAAGAGUGUUGCCACAUCAGCUCCAGGAAGUGAAAUGCCAGAUCUUACUCUUAUUCAACAGGAAGUGGAUGCUUUGGAAGAACUAAGCAGGCAGCUCUUUCUGGAAACAGCUGAUCUGUAUGCUACCAAGGAGAGAAUAGAAUACUCGAAAACUUUCAAGGGGAAAUACUUUAAUUUUCUGGGUUACUUUUUCUCUAUUUACUGUGUUUGGAAAAUUUUCAUGGCAACUAUCAAUAUCGUUUUUGAUCGGGUUGGAAAAACUGAUCCUGUCACAAGAGGCAUUGAGAUCACUGUGAAUUAUCUGGGAAUCCAAUUUGAUGUAAAGUUUUGGUCCCAACACAUUUCCUUCAUUCUGGUUGGAAUAAUCAUUGUCACAUCUAUCAGAGGAUUGCUGAUCACUCUCACCAAGUUCUUCUAUGCCAUCUCCAGCAGCAAGUCCUCCAAUGUCAUUGUCCUGCUGUUAGCACAGAUAAUGGGCAUGUACUUUGUCUCCUCUGUACUGCUGAUCCGAAUGAGUAUGCCUCUAGAAUACCGCACCAUAAUCACUGAAGUUCUUGGAGAACUGCAGUUCAACUUCUAUCACCGCUGGUUUGAUGUUAUCUUCUUGGUCAGCGCUCUCUCCAGCAUACUGUUCCUGUACUUGGCUCACAAACAGGCACCAGAGAAGCACAUGGCACCUUGAACUCAUGCCUAUCACAGACUGCUAAAAGCCAGUGGUGUCAGAACAGAUAUAAGAGGAGAAAAAUGGAGGGGACCAGGACCUAAUUUUUUUUUUUUUUUUAAACAAAAAGAAAAUUGCUGUGAUAGCACAUUGUACCCCUAGCCUAAGCCUUCCUCGUCAUGAUACUGUGAUCGUGAGUUGUAUCACCUCAAACAUGAGAGAAAGUAACUCAAGUCAGUACUUGGUAGGUUUAAGGCUGGUGCAGUGUGGAGGGGGGUGGUGAAAAGAGCCAAUAACUAAGAAAAAAAAUACACUGGAACUCUGGGGUAGGAGACAUCUAGGUGGCAAAGUUAAGGGUUCGGCUGCUAACCAAAAGGCCAGCAGUUCAAAUCCACCAGCCAUUCCUUGGAAACCCUAUGGGGCAGUUCUACUCUGUCCUAUAGGGAUGCUAUGAGAAUCAACUCGAUGGCAUCAGGUUUGGUUUUGGGGUUUAAGACAGCUGUAUCUUAAACCCAAAGUAUUUCUGUUUUAAGUCAAGGUUCAAAUGGAGAUGGUCAUGACUUUCCCUUGAGAUUGACUGUCAUUAAAAUUAGAGAUCGUUUAAUA